AUGGAAUUCGUGAUCCUCCACGGGAGCCUGCCUGGAACUCUGAUACCGGAGGACUGCAGAUUGGCACAACAUGUGGUGGGCAAUCAAUUGGUCAUCUUGCAUGCAGUGGCCAUUCUGAAGGAGGCUUUUAUGCAAUUGGGCAUCCUGACACAGGAAAAGGCGAACCGGAUUAUCCCGGAUUUGGCAGAACGUUUUUUGCACCCGGCAAAUUUGCAG